CUUUCCUCCCCCCCUCCUCCCCUCUCCCUCAUACCCUCCCUCCGUCAGUCCCUCUCCUCCCCCCUUCUCGGUGCGGACAUGCUCCGGAGAUGAGGCUCCGAAAUGUCUCCUUCCUGACGGUCUUGUUGUUCGGGCUGUGCGGGCUGGUCUCCGUGUCCUGGUACACCGCCUUCAGCAGCUCCAGAGGAGAUGUGGUGGAUAUCUACCAGAGGGAGUUCCUGGCGUUGAGGGAGCGCCUCCACUCGGCCGAGCAGGAGAACCUGCGGCGCUCCAAAGAGCUGAAUCUGGUCCUGGAGGAGAUCAAGAGGGCCAUCGCUGAGAAACAGGCGCUCAGAGACAUCAACCGCACCUGGAGCAGCCUCUCCGAGGAGACGAGGCUGAAGCUGUGGAAUGUGAGCAACAGUAAAAACGUCCUGCAGCUUCCUUCCAUCUUCCAUCAUCUUCCUCACCUGCUGAACAGAGAGGACAGCCUGCAGCCGGCCGUGCACCUGGGACAGGGACGCACCGGAGUCUCCAUAGUGAUGGGGGUUCCCAGUGUGAAGAGGGAGGUCCACUCGUACCUGACCGACACACUCAACUCUCUGAUGUCAGAGCUCAGUCCCACCGAGAAAGAGGACUGCGUCAUCGUCGUCUUCAUCGCAGAGGCCGACCAGCAGUACGCCAGCAGUGUAGCAGACAACCUGAAGCGCCUUUUUCCAGCAGAGAUUCAGUCGGGUCUUCUGGAGGUCGUCUCUCCGUCUGUCCACUUCUACCCCGACUUCUCUCGACUCCGGGAGUCCUUCGGAGACCCAAAGGAGAGAGUCAGGUUAGUGUGUGUGUGUGUGUGUGUGUGUGUGUGUGUGUGGCUUCAGGACAGGAAACUCCUCUUUCACCAUAAAAGUCUGUUUUUAAUAACAAAAGAAGUGGAUCAUCAGUGUUAUUUCUUCCCCUCAGCAGCUGUUUGUAAAGUACGAAGAACAUCACUGAGCAGCUUUAAAUCAUUCAUUCAUCUUUAUUUCUAUUUUGAUCUACUUUCAUAAAUCUGUUUGAAUGCUUUCCCAACAUGAAGCAGGUUGUAACGCAUUCAUUCAUCUUUAUUUCUAUUUUGAUCUACUUUCAUAAAUCUGUUUGAAUGCUUUCCCAACAUGAAGCAGGUUGUAACGCAGCAGGAGCUCAUUAGAUUUAUGAGCAGAGCUCAUUAAAGCUGGUUAACAGAGAAACCCUUCAUAAGUAGACGGGUUUCAAGUGAAACUAUAAGAACUGAGGAAGAAAACUAUUAGAGUGAGUUUUAAUUGGUGUGUUUCCACUCGUGGUCGCUUCCUGAGGGGCUUUCAACCGCACCUCAUGGUCUUCAUCAAUGUGUAAAUUAGACUUCGACACAAGGGACAAGUUCUACAAGACAAGGCUACAAGAUGGGGAAACCCACCUUAGUGUCUCCCUAACGGAUUCAGUGGAGACUGUGGAGACCUCGGGGCCUUUUGGGACCACAGAGUCUUUGCGGAUCAUGGGGCCCUUGCGGAUCAUGGGGCCCUUGCGGAUCAUGGGGCCCUUGCGGAUCAUGGGGCCCUUGCGGACCUCAUGUGCUCAUGUUGCCCGGCUGGUAGUCCUUUCUGCUUCAACCUCUCUUGAUGUUUGAAUGAAACAAUAAUUAACAAACAAGUUGUUUCACUCAAAGUCAGUUUAUAAGUUUCAGAGUUUGUUGAGUUUUACUUAAACCUGAAAAACUGACUCUAACUUUAAGUAACUGCAGUUUAUCAUAACUAAAGCGCUCUCUCUCUCACUCUCACACACACACACACUCUCACACACACACACUCUCACACACACACAGUCACUCACUGUUUUACCUGCGUGUGAGAUUUAUCAGCUCCAGUAAUCAGAGAGGUGUGUGUGUGGUGUUAGCUAGCUCAGUAUGGUUCAGAGCCUCAUGAAAUAGCCAUGACAGGCUGACAGACGCCUGGGGAGCUG